CUGUCUGUGUUCCUCUUUCAGCCCCUGGAUGAGCCAGAUUGACGCUGGCUUCAAGAGCCUGUUCAGACAGCUGGCUGGAGCGGACAUGGAGAUCAGUGCAACCGAACUGGAGGUUAUUCUUAACAGGAUCAUCAAAAAGCAUAAGGACCUGAAGACGGAUGGAUUUGGACCAGAUGCCUGUCGCAGUAUGAUCAACCUGAUGGACACAGACGGCAGUGGGAAGCUGGGUUUGACCGAGUUUCACGUUCUCUGGGAGAAAAUUAAGCGAUACCUGAAAGUGUUUAGGGACUUUGACCUGGAUAAAUCUGGCACUAUGAGCUCCUAUGAGAUGCGCUUGGCUCUUGAAUCAGCAGGGUUCAAGCUGACCAAUCACCUGUUCCAGCUGAUCAUCCUCCGUUACACGGAGGCUGACCUGACUGUGGACUUCGACAACUUCGUCACCUGUCUGGUGCGCCUGGAGACCAUGUUCAAGACAUUUAAGACAAUGGACACAGAUGGCGAUGGUGUAAUAUCACUGAACUUCUUCCAGUGGAUCUCCAUGACCAUGUUUGCCUAGGAGGAGAGUCGUACGCGCCGUGGCUCGCACCCGGGCCUGCCACCGUCUCCGGACUUUCACAAAGUGCCUUCCUUUUUAACUUUCGCUUCCUCGGGUGGCGGUGGCCUUGACUUCCUGUUUUUAAUGCCCCUUUGUUUACACCGCCUCUCCCUUGUGACCGGUGUGCCAAAAUGUUUUUAUUUUUAUUUUUUAAUUUUUUAAGUGUCGCGUUAAACAAAAAAAAAGGGACAGCUUUGCUCCAUUGCCUCUGUUUUAAAGAAACAGUCGCAAAGAGCGAAGACACGAGAGCUGAAUUCAAAUACUGCCUCGCAGCUCAUUUGGCAGGAGCUUUUCUGUUUUUUUUGUGCCAAACGGAUUGCCGUUGUCUCUUUCAGUCGUCGGUCAGCGAAGGAGUCUUUCUUUCUGAAGGUGCUGCCGAUAAUCGAGGCAGGAUAAGGCGUUCAGAAUCAUCGCAGGACUUUGCAUGUAGUGUUUACUGCCUCAUACUCAUACAGCAUUACAGGGGAUAAAGACACCAACCAAGUUUACAGGCUGCAGACCAAUCAAGGUGGUGGGGGCGGGGAGUGCGGUGUUUGGGGGUGGGAAAGGGGAAGAGGGGGGGGUAAUACUGAGACACUCGCCAUAAAUACUUUUCUACAUCAACAGAAGGGUUAAAAAAACAUACGGGUUCUCCACAGUCUCUUCUUUAAACAUAGUUCCACAGAGAGAGAGAGAGAUAGAGUGCCAAGAACCAUCUAGCCUUCCCACAACCCCAUUGUAAUCAAUAAAAGAGCUUUUCUGCAAUGUUUUCACAUGGUGUGUCUGUUUACGUUUUAAAAAAACCUAUAAAUAGGCCUGCCUGGGGUAUGACUGCAGUUCCAUGAUGUCAAAUUGUUUUUUUCCUUUUGUCUUUUUUCCACAUUUUUAAAAUAUGAAAAUGAAAUAAAUACAUUUGAAGGCC